GUGUCGGCAGGUGGAGGGAGAAGGGAAAGUUUGGCCCGUGCGUGGGGCUCGGGUGGAGGGCGGGACGGAGGGGCUGGGCCCAGGCGAAGCUUCUGUUGCGGCUGUUGUGGGGCCGGUCGGUUAGCUGGACCGGGGAGUGCAGGACGCGGAGGGGUAGGAGGCGAGGUCCUCCGGUGCUGUGAGCUCCAGCCAGUCUGCCGCUCAAGUGACCCCGCGCCCCUGCGCUUUCCGACCCAAGGCUGUUGGUGGGGGCGCGGCGGCGGCGGUUGGGGGUGGGGAGACGCGCGGCCAGUAGACGGGAGAGGUCAGCGAGUUUGAGGGAGGACCGAAAGCUGCUGCCGCCGUCAUGUCCGAGGACUCCAGCGCCCUGCCCUGGUCCAUUAACAGGGACGAUUAUGAGCUGCAGGAGGUGAUCGGGAGUGGAGCAACUGCUGUGGUCCAAGCAGCUUAUUGUGCCCCUAAAAAGGAGAAAGUGGCAAUCAAACGGAUAAACCUUGAGAAAUGUCAAACUAGCAUGGAUGAACUCCUGAAAGAAAUUCAAGCCAUGAGUCAAUGCCAUCAUCCUAAUAUUGUGUCUUACUACACAUCUUUUGUAGUAAAAGAUGAGCUGUGGCUAGUCAUGAAGCUGUUGAGUGGAGGUUCUGUUCUGGAUAUUAUUAAGCAUAUUGUGGCAAAGGGUGAACACAAAAGCGGAGUCCUAGAUGAACCUACCAUUGCUACAGUACUCCGAGAGGUAUUAGAAGGGUUGGAAUACCUGCACAAAAAUGGGCAGAUUCACAGAGAUGUGAAAGCUGGAAAUAUUCUUCUUGGAGAAGAUGGCUCAGUACAGAUUGCAGACUUUGGGGUUAGUGCUUUUUUAGCUACUGGUGGCGAUAUUACCCGAAAUAAAGUGAGAAAGACCUUUGUUGGUACCCCUUGCUGGAUGGCACCUGAAGUUAUGGAACAGGUCCGAGGGUAUGAUUUCAAAGCUGAUAUUUGGAGUUUUGGAAUCACAGCGAUUGAACUGGCCACAGGGGCAGCUCCUUAUCAUAAAUAUCCUCCAAUGAAGGUUUUAAUGCUGACACUGCAGAAUGAUCCUCCUUCUUUGGAAACUGGUGUUCAAGAUAAAGAAAUGCUGAAAAAAUAUGGAAAAUCAUUUAGAAAAAUGAUUUCAUUAUGCCUUCAGAAGGAUCCAGAAAAAAGACCAACAGCAGCAGAACUGUUAAGGCAUAAAUUUUUCCAGAAAGCAAAGAAUAAGGAAUUUCUACAAGAAAAAAUAUUACAGAGAGCACCUACCAUUUCUGAAAGAUCUAAAAAGGUUCGGAGAGUACCAGGUUCCAGUGGCCGUCUCCAUAAGACAGAGGAUGGAGGCUGGGAGUGGAGUGAUGAUGAAUUUGAUGAAGAAAGUGAGGAAGGGAAAGCUGCAAUUUCACAACUCAGGUCUCCCCGAGUGAAAGAAUCAUUAUCAAAUUCUGAGCUCUUCUCAUCCUCUGAUCCCAUGGUAGUUUGCUCCAGGUUCCAGAACAGAUUUCUGCUCAUCUACCUCAGCCAGCUGGGCAGAUACCUACACAGCCAACUCAAGUCUCUCUUCCACCCCCCGCAGAGCCAGCAAAGACAGCACAGGCUCUGUCUUCAGGACCAGGUUCCCAAGAAACCAAGAUUCCCAUCAGUCUAGUACUAAGAUUAAGGUAAGUUUUAAUGAGUACUCUGCAGAUGUAAUAGUCUGUGCCUGAGUAUAACUGGGUAGGAUUGUGUGUGCCCCAGCACCAGUUGCUGUUUGUAGGUGUUUUAUUUUCCUCAGAAAUAAUACUGUCCAGUGUGAGGAUCUGACUGUUGACUGGUACUGUGACUUAACUGAUGAACAUCCUCUUAGUUGUUUCUGCAGUAAGAGUAACCAGUGCAUGCAUUUGUAGUGUAGUUAAUUUGGGUUAGAAAGCAUAGUCUAUAAUUGAGGAACAUUGUUAGGAGAGUAGCAGCACUAGCUGGCUUGUAGAGUGACUGUACAAACACCAUGAACUCCAGGAUCAACUAACUCGAGGGGAAUGCUUAGUGACUGUGAUCAAGCACACAAAGAUGAGGAGA